UAUUAUUAAAAAGACUUGAAAGGGUUUUGUUUAGAUGCACUUUUGUGUAUAUUUAUGUGAACUCACAAUAAUAAACCGUAUUGUUUCAGGAUUAGACCACUGUUUAUCUUUUCUCAACUUUUGAUCACUCAAGGAAUGGCAGAUCCCCAUGUUACCGUCACCCUUGGCCGCUCUGGCAAGGUGGUGAAGAGAGGGGGUAGCAGACGAUAUACGGGCUCUGAUGAGUUUUUGACUGUGAACAAAAGGCUGCAAGUGGAUCAUACUAAAUGGAAAUAUGGUCCUAAAACCGGUUCCUGGAUUGCUCGAAAUGAUCUUAGGUUGAAACUAAUGUGGAAAAGGUGUGUUGAAGAACGGAGGAAGAGGGUCCUUCACAAAAAUAUGGCCAAUGCUAAUCAACUUCAGUGCCACCCUCAAGCAAAAGGAACUCACCUUUUGAGGCAGAAUCCUCCAACAGAAAUUUUGAAUGAUUUCCAUCCAGGAGACUCAUUCUUUUUUAAUGAUUUCCAUCCAGAGGGCUCAUUCUCUUCUCAGACAAUUGAUAGAUCAAGGGCUAGAUCUCCAGGUAGAAAGUGGACCACUUUGGGGUUCUCAGCUCCAGGAAGUUUUAACGUGCUGCAACAAGUGCCAGCCAUAAGGGUAGCUGAGGUUGCAAGAGCUGGACGAUUUAGCAAUGCAGUUCUUGGUGCUUCCAGGCAGGCAGCUCAUAUGAGAUACCCAGUUGCACCAAGUGGUGGCUUCAUGCAAAAGAGUGCUUUAAUGGGUGUGGAGCAUCUUACAGUUGCUGGGGUGUUGGAAUCACUUGGUUUGACGAAAUAUGAAAUUACUUUUCGGGCUGAAGAAGUGGAUAUGCCUGCACUGAAGCAGAUGAGUGAUAAGGACCUUAAAGAACUGGGGAUACCAAUGGGACCAAGGAAGAAGAUUUUGCUUGCGGUAAAGCAACGUCCCAAACAAUCACCCCCAUAACUGUAAAAGGCUGUGCAUUGUACAGAGGAUAUCUAAUAUUGCUAUUUUUGCGAACUUGUGUGAAAUAUUUAACAGCAUUGUAAACUUUAUGAAAUUAUUCUUGGAAUUGAGUUCUGACAAAGCAGCUGUAGUUCAUGCUUUAAGAUGUCUUCAAAUUCUUAUAGGAAUGUAAAUAAUCUGGAAAGUAGAGAUCGAUUGCUUUGUUGAUAUGUGGAACAAGGAUUGGAUUAAUAAAUUUGUUAAAUAAAUGUUGCUAGUUGUCUC